AUGUCCAGCAUUUUGAAAAGAGCCAUUUUAUCCAGAGCUGCCGUUCGCCCUUGCUGUCUUCCUUCCAAGCGUGCUGUUAUUCGACCUUCAGUUCAGCAUGUGUUUGGCAGAUCCUUCUCAGCCAGUUUUCCCAAGCUUGAUAGAAUUUCUGAUGCAGAAGAGCAGAUUAAGAUUGGUGCUGAUUACAUGAACAAAGGCUCACUUGAUAUGGCUAUGAAUAGCUUCCAUAAAAGUGUUCAAGCAGCCCCCAGUGCGGCUGGCUACUUUAACAUUGGUGUAUGCUAUUUCCAAAUGGGCAAGCACAAGGACGCCAUCAAAUCCUUUGAACGUUCGUUAGAUUAUGAGCCCAACUCAGCAGAUGCUCACACCAACAUUGCGUCAGGUUACUUGAUGUUGAAGGACACAACAAACGCUAUCAAGCACUUGGAACAAGCAUCCAACUUCAACCCCUUGGACGGUGAAGUUCAGUACAAUCUUGCUUGCGUUUAUGAGGCUGUUGGUAGAUUGCAGGACGCAAAGAUUAGAUUUGAGAGAGCUGGCAUCAUGGGCAUUGAUAGAGCAGUUACGGCUUUGGAAAAGUUGAAAAAAAAGCUGUAA